UUACCGAUCGCCGUCUCGACCAAUCAGAACACUGUCGUCAUGCGAUUGAUCGCUCCUCGGCCAAUCAGAGCGCAGUGACGCCGGCGCUGGGCGAGUUCGGUUGAGCCGAAAAUGGUGACAGCUCUCGCGUGCGGAUGAUGGCGGUAAAUAACAGCCCAAAGCGAGUGUAAAAAAAACCCCGCGCAAAUAUUAACCGUUAUUUAACUCGCCAAACGCAUUUCACCGGCUGCUUCGCGGAGGACUCGCGCCGAUCGAGGGGCCGUUAUUUGAGAGCCGAUCGGUGGCUUUGCGGUGUGAGUUUAUUCCGUGGCUGCGGCUCAUAAUGGGUUUUGUUCAGCGGGUUUAAAGUAACGGGUCUCUCGCGCCGGUAUAAACACGCACACAAACACACCGAACGAGCGCCGGUACCGGAACAUCCCGGAUCCGCAGCUGCCGCGGAUUCCGCGUGUCUCCCGGCGGAGCGUCUUUUGUUCUGAGUAGCGCUAGCGGUUUUCAUUCUGCAUGAUGAAGUCUUUUAAACUGUACAGCGACAGGACAUGUCCGCUCUGAUGCUGAAACUCGCCGUUUCUCAAAGAUGAGUGCGGUCAUGGCGUGUGGUUCCUGACUCGGAGUGCUCCUGCGUGUUGGGAGAUAUGGAUCGCUGUAAGCAUGUGGUACGGUUCCGUUUGGGCCAGGGCCACUCCAUCCUCAACCCGCAGAUGUGGCGUUGCGUUGAUUGCGGCACCACAGAGUCCGUAUGGGCUUGUCUGAAGUGCACUCACGUGGCGUGCGGCCGCUACAUGGAAGAACACUCCCGGAGUCACUACCAGCAGACGCAGCACUCGCUAGCCAUGGACGUACGCGAACUGGACGUCUUCUGUUUCGCGUGCGGCGAUUACGUGUUGAACGAUAAUGUUGAGGGCGACUUGAAGCUCCUUCGUGGGGCGCUAUCUACCGUCCGCAGCCCUGGUCAGCGCUCCCUGCGUUCGUCGGCGUCCGAUGGCGGACUUCGAGUGUGCGAGGUUGCGCGUGACGGCGCUAUGCAGACGGCGUUGUGGCACAGACGGAAAACUCUCCUCCAAGGUGCCUUGCGCCACUGGAGGAGCCGACAGCAGGAGCAACACCGGAAGCGCGAGGAGAAACAGGAGCAAGAGCGAGAGGAGAAGCGACGGCAACGCAGGGAAGUCAAGAAGCGGCUGAUGGGCGAACUAGCCAAUGUGCCACCGAGGAAAAGCGCGCGGCUUCUCACCCAGGCUCCUCGUCCGACACUCGCACUUAUUCCUCGGAAGUUCCGUGAUCCUCCGGAACGACUCCCUUUGGCUCCCAAACAGUCCCUGCUGUCGCUGUCCAACAAGCCCCUGUCGCGCAAACCACUUCGUAACGCGGGUCGGUUGCACCGAUAUCACGCCUCGCAGUCGUCGCGUCGCAGGAAGCCUGCGCCCGGAGUCACGGGAUUGCGCAACCUCGGGAACACGUGUUACAUGAACUCCAUUCUCCAGGUGCUGAGUCACUUGCAGAAGUUCAGGGAGUGUUUCCUCACGCUGGACCACUGCGAGACCGAGGAGCUGCUCGCCAAGACCAACCAAUCGCAGGGAGCCCUAACUGCGCUGGGCCGCAUGGGGAGGGCGAGCGGAGGCGCCUUUAGCAAACAGAACGUCCCGCCCAGCCUGAGCUCGGCGGAACUGGUGCAACCGAAAGAGCCGCGGUCCUCGGCUCGGCAGCAGAUGUCAUUGUGUCACGAGCUGCACACGCUCUUCAGGGUCAUGUGGUCGGGUCGGUGGUCGCUGGUGUCUCCGUUUGCCAUGCUGCACUCCGUGUGGAACCUGAUCCCGGCGUUCCGCGGAUACGACCAGCAGGACGCGCAAGAGUUCUUGUGUGAGCUUCUGGACAAAGUCCAGCAGGAACUGGAGUCGGAGGGACCCAGGAAACACUUCCUGAUUCCGAUCACGCAGCGGAAACUGUCCAAACAAGUCCUUAAAGUGCUCAACACUAUCUUCCACGGACAGCUGCUCAGCCAGGUAACGUGUCUGUCCUGCAAGCGCAAGUCGAACACGGUGGAGCCAUUCUGGGAUUUGUCUCUGGAGUUCCCAGAACGAUACCACCGCAUGGAGAAGCCCAGCGCAGCGGCGUGUCAACAGAGCUGCUCGCUGUCAGAGAUGCUCGCCAAGUUCACGGAGACGGAGGCUUUGGAGGGCUGCAUUUACGCCUGCAACUUCUGCAACAGAAAGCGCCGUAAAUCGUCCCAUAAGCCCCUGUCUCUUUCGGAGGCCUGUAAGCAGUUACUCAUCUGCCGUUUACCUCAGGUGCUGCGGCUACACCUCAAACGCUUCCGGUGGUCCGGUCGGAAUCACAGGGAGAAGAUCGGCGUCCAUGUGGCUUUUGAUCAGGUCCUGAAUAUACAACCAUACUGCUGCUCGGACGCUGCUCCGACGCUGCAGAGAGAAGCCUACACCUAUGACCUAUCUGCUGUAGUGAUGCAUCAUGGGAAAGGCUUUGGCUCAGGGCACUACACGGCCUACUGUUAUAACACUGAAGGAGGUUUCUGGGUUCACUGUAACGACUCUGAGAUGAACGUGUGCAGUGUGGAGGAGGUGUGCAGCACUCAGGCCUACAUCUUGUUCUACACGCAGCGCUCCUCUUAGACCUCCGUCUCUCACUGUGGUCUGUUCCUGACAUCAGCAGUGAGACUCAGAGGUUGACCGGUCUCUGCUGGCACGGUCACACUUUACCCAGGACCAAACUACACUCACCUGCAGGGUCCAGAACCGCAGGGACACACACACAGAUCAGCCCCUCCGCUGUCGGCGACAGAGACAGAUGGACGCUCAUCCUGGAGAGAAAUGCCACAGCAAUAUGAUCAUCACACACUCUGAAUCAGGAAUUCUUCACCUUUGAUACUGCGACUGUUUUCUACUCUCUUUCUAAUCGGGAUGAAAUUCAGGAAAACAGAGAAAGCCUCUUCAUUUACAUCAGUGGUAAAUGACCGAACAAUCUUAUGACGCUGAAUGUCUAGUUGUGUGUGUGUGUGUGUGUGUGUGUGUGUGUGAGAGAGAGUGUGUGGAAGGGCGUGACUGCUGACCUCUGACCUUUGUCCUGUAUUGUGAGAGCACCUGUUAUCGACUUUAUAGAUCUUGUGGGAUCUUCCUGAUGAUAGUGAAUAAAAAAUAAAAAAUCAUGAAG